AUGAACGAGGCCGGGGCGGCGGGCACGGCCCGGGGGCUGCGCGUGGACGGGCUGCCGCCGCUGCCCAAGAGCCUAAGCGGGCUGCUGCACUCGGCAGCGGGCGGCGCGGCGGGCGGCUGGCGGCGGCUGGAGCGGCUGUACGCGCAGAAGUCGCGCAUCCAGGACGAGCUGAGCCGCGGGACCGCGGGCGGCGGGGCGCGGGCGUCGGGGCGCGCCCGGCCCCCGAACCUGGACGCCGCGCUGGCGCUGCUGCGCAAGGAGAUGGUUGGCCUCCGCCAGCUGGACAUGUCCUUGCUCUGCCAGCUCUACAGCCUCUACGAGUCGAUUCAGGAGUACAAAGGAGCGUGCCAGGCGGCUGCCAGCCCGGACUGUGCCUAUGUGCUGGAGAACGGCUUCUUCGAGGAGGAGGAAGAGGAGGAGGAGGAGGAUUUCCAGGGGCAGAGAUCCCUCCAGGAGUGCGGACGCCGAGGCCCACCCCGGGACUUGACACUGCCCAUGGCCCCGCUGUCCUGUAGCGACUGGGGUCUGGAGUCCAUCUAGGGCCUGGACAGGCUGGGCAGCACUUCUCCCACAAGAAAGCACCACUGCCCCUCCGUGGCCGGCGGCCCUCCAUGCAGGGUGUGUGCACGGUCGUCUUGGUGGUGCAGACUGUCCCAACAGCUAUGGCUCAGGCUCACCUUCUGUCAGCUUGGUGGAAGGCCUUCGCUGGCAUUUGUGUGGUGACUGGCCACAGGUUAUUUGUAAGCUGUGGUUUAGGGUCUCUGCUUCCAAUGGGAGGUAUGCAAACCACCUCCUAGCAUGCUGUCUAGUCAGUUUUUAGAUCCUUUGUUCAGCUUUAUUGUAAGCUGCAUCAUUCAUUAUCCAGGUGGCCUGCUAAGAGCUUCCUGCUGAAGCAGGCAUUUCUGCCAGUCCGACCGCUGUUCCCCAACCCUCCCGGUUACUCACUCCGCCCUCAGGGAUAGGAGGAGGGGAGGUUGUGUGCAGGGCUGGACUGGGACGAGCAGUGUUUUUAUCACUCAUGUAGUAAGGUAGCUGUUUGUCUUUAAAGACAGAUGUAGACCAGCGUGUCACACUGCAGGGCCUCCCCCCUCCCCCAAGUGCUCACUGAAAGCCUUAAUGUAUACUUAAUGUAUAUUUAUUAACACACCUGACAGGAACGUCACUUUGGAUUCAACAUGAGGAUAAAUGUGCUCAGCAGUUACUGUGUUAUUAA